AUGUCUGAUAAACUCACUCGUAUCGCCAUCGUGAGCACGGAUAAGUGCAAACCGAAGAAAUGUCGACAAGAAUGCAAAAAAUCGUGUCCUGUUGUAAGAACAGGAAAGCUCUGUAUUGAAGUGACUCCGGAGUCCAAGAUUGCUUUUAUCUCAGAAAGAUUAUGUAUUGGAUGUGGUAUUUGUCCAAAGAAAUGUCCUUUUGGCGCGAUUCACAUCAUCAACUUGCCGACAAAUCUCGAAACUCAGGUGACGCAUCGUUACUCCGCGAACUCGUUUAAGCUACACAGACUUCCUACUCCACGCCCUGGUCAAGUUUUAGGUCUUGUGGGAACCAACGGUAUUGGUAAGUCGACGGCGUUGAAGAUUCUCUCGGGUAAACAAAAGCCAAACUUGGGAAGAUACGACAACCCACCGGACUGGAACGAGACUUUGGCAUAUUUCCGUGGAUCAGAGCUUCAAAACUAUCUUACCAAGGUCGUUGAAGAUAACAUUAAGGCUGUUGUAAAACCGCAAUAUGUCGAUAAGUUGCCACAGGCUAUUCGUGGGAAAGUGAGAUCUGUCAAAGCACUUUUGGAGGGACAGUGCCAAAGGGAUAACUUCGAUGAAAUGGUUGAUAUUCUUGACCUUCGCCCGGUUUUGGACCGUGAUGUCGAGAAUUUGUCUGGUGGAGAGCUUCAACGUUUUGCUAUCGCUGUGGCAUGUGUUCAGAUGGCAGAUGUCUACAUGUUCGACGAGCCAUCCUCCUACUUGGAUGUUAAGCAACGUUUGAAGGCUGCUGGAACCAUUCGUGGUCUCUUGAGGCCGGAUGAUUAUGUUAUCGUGGUCGAGCACGAUUUAUCUGUUCUUGAUUACCUUUCUGACUUUAUUUGUGUCCUUUACGGUAAACCUGCCGCCUAUGGUGUUGUUACCCUCCCCGCGUCAGUCCGCGAAGGCAUCAAUAUAUUCCUCGAUGGUCACAUCCCCACCGAAAACUUGCGUUUCCGCGAGGAAUCGCUUCAGUUCCGUAUCGCUGAAGCCGGUGAUGAAUUCCUGAUCGACAAAUCACACGCCUUCCAUUAUCCAGCUAUGAACAAAACAUUCGGAGACUUCAAGCUGCAGAUUGAUAAGGGGGAGUUCACCGACUCAGAAAUUAUAGUCAUGAUGGGCGAGAACGGGACCGGAAAGACCACCUUCUGUCGUAUGCUCGCCGGUGUCGAACCUCCAGAUGAUAGCAAAAAGAUCCCAAAAAUGUCAAUUUCUAUGAAACCUCAAAAGAUCAAUCCCAAGUUCCCUGGAACCGUCCGAGAACUCAUCUUUAAGCGUAUCCGUGCAUCUUACCUUAACCAACAGUUCCAGACAGAUGUAUUCAAGCCCCUCCGCAUCGACGAUUUCAUCGACCAAGAAGUGAAGCAUCUUUCUGGAGGAGAAUUGCAACGUGUGGCCAUUGUUCUUGCACUUGGUCUCCCAGCGGAUAUCUACCUUAUUGAUGAGCCUUCUGCAUACCUUGACUCCGAGCAACGUAUUAUUGCCGCCCGUGUCAUCAAGCGUUUCAUCAUGCACUCAAAGAAGACCGCAUUUGUCGUCGAGCACGAUUUCAUCAUGGCUACUUAUCUUGCAGAUCGUGUUAUUGUGUUUGAGGGUACUCCAUCCGUUAAGGCGGUUGCCACCAAACCCCAAAGUCUGUUGACUGGAUGCAACCAGUUCCUUAAGUCCCUGAAUGUUACCUUCAGACGUGACAAGGAGAACUUCAGACCUAGAAUCAACAAACUUGAUUCCCAGCAAGAUCAGAUCCAGAAACUCAGUGGAAAUUACUUCUUCUUGGAUGACCUACCUGCAUAA